CCCUGAUACCAUACAACAUUAAGUUGCUCAGAGGUAUACUCGUUGGACUUUAUUGUAUUUUGGGAGACAUAAGCAAACCAAACCCAAGUCAUUGCACACCAAAAGGAGGAGUUUGCCCCUGACUUCUCAGCUUCGCAUGUUCGACAUUGACUAGACCCUAACAGACAUAGCUGUGCAAAAGACCACUAGUUGAAGCUGAUAUACCAAAGUUUCACCCUUCUUGGGCGGACGCGAACCAAGGGGUCCGGUGGUUGUGGAGGCGCUAAUGUUGCUUUCGGCAAGCACAUCCGGCGAAGCCAUAAGCCAUGCCAGCGAGAUCGUGAAGAAGUGUUUGUCCAACCACCAGACAGAUUUGGGGAUAUCAUUGGAGGAGCCCGGUCUUGGCGAGGCGGAGAGCGUGCCUGUUUCAUCUUUGAGCGAAGCUUUACUUGUUCGGCUAAACAGUAACUCAGACGGUUCCUGCACAGAUCAGGACCAAAAUUCUUGUCCGAGCAAGGACGACUCUUCCCUUGCAAGCGGCCCGGAGUCUUCAUCUUCUUCCGCUUUCCUCAGCGUACAUAGCCUAAGCCCAAGCCGCUAUAACAGCUUAGGUGGUGGAUCACAUUGCGCAUCCGACAACGGCACCGACUUCCACCUUCCCGUCCCUCCAACCGUCCAGCCUCAACCUCGCCCUUCCCCACCGACUCCCACCCAGCCUCGGCGCCCCUUCCUCGCGCGCCCCAACCUUCCCCCUCGCGCCAGCCCCCGAGUAUCCCCCUUACCCCACCGCAUCCCUCGCCCACCCGGCGCGCGACCAGCCACCAUGGACGACCCCAACCCCACCUCCUCCGCCUCCUCCUCUGCCCAGCCCGCUUCCCAGCAGCCGGCUCCGCCCUCGCUGCUGCACUCCCCCAGCCUCCCCUCCGACCCGGCGCUGCUGGGCGUGCAGGACAAGAUCAUCAAGCUCACCCGCGAGCAGGCCGCCGAGCGGCAGCAGGUGCUGACCAACCUGAAGGAGGAGCAGCGGCGGCUGGCGGCGGUGCGCAAGGAGAUUGCGGAGACGGAGAAGGCCAAUGCGGAGCUCAAGAAGAGCCUGGCGCGCACGGAUCUGAAGAAGCUGAAGGACCAGAAGGAGGCGCUGGCGACACAGGCUGCCGAGGCGGAGCAGCUGGCCGCCCAGGUUGCCGCCCUGCGCGCCACCGCCAACCGGCUGGCCGCCCUCAAGGCUGAGCGGGCCCGGCUGGAGCCGCUGAAGGGCGAGGUGGCGGGGCUGGAGGAGCAGCUCAAGGAGCUGAGGCAGCUGGAGGCAACCAGGAAUGCGCUGCAGGCCGAGGUCGCGGUUCUGCAGCCCGCCGCGGUGGUCACUGAGCGCCUGCGCAAGCAGCUGACCUCGCUGCGUGCGGACGCGGAGGCGGCUCACGGGUUGCAGGAGCAGGUGGCGGCGCUGAGCCCGGUGGCGGAGCAGCUGCCGGGGCUAAAGGCGCUGGCCGCCAAGCUGCAGGCGAGCGCGGCGGAGGUGAAGCACCUGGAAAAGCAGCUGGAGCAGCGGGACAAGAUGGAGGCGCUGAGGCAGCAGCUGCACGCGCAGCUGGAGGAGAUGACGGGGAAGGUUGCCGACAUUGAGGACCUGAAGCACCGCGUGGAGGCGGCCCAGCUUGCCGCCGGCGAGGUGACGCAGCUGGAGGCGCGGUUCGCGGCGCUGCAGAGUGUGGCGGCGCGGCUGCCGGUGCUGCGGGCGCAGCACGACAAGCUGGUGGCGCAGGCGGCGGAGGUGACCAACCUGGAGCACCAGCUGGCCGACCUGAAGCAGGAGGUUGCCCUACGCAACGCGCUGCAGCAGCAGAUCAACAUCCUGGCUCCCAAGGCCGCCGGCACGGAGGUGCUGCGCCACACCCUGCGCGAGCUGGAGGCGCAGCUGGCGUCCUCGGAGGACCUGGAGCGCCAGCUGGCCGUCAUGCGGGCGGUGGCGCUGGAGCGGCGGAGGGACGGGGCCAGCCAGUUCGUGGAGGCGGUGUCCAACCUGGGCCUCGUGCCGGUCUCGGAGCUGCAGCAGCUGGGGCAGCAGGGAGGGGGAGGCGGACUGCAUGGGGAGGGAAGCAGGGCGGCGUUGUUGGGAGGAGAGGGAGGAGCCGCUGAGGGUGCUGCGGGGCUUUCGGAGGAGGGCAGUGGCGGAUGGAGCAUGGGCGGCAGCACGUUGGGGGGUGGUGCUAGCUUUGGCGGGAGCCUGGUGGGAGGCAGCAUGGGUGGCGCGCUGGCGGCUGAGCGGCUGGCGUCCAGCAUGGUGCCUGCGGGCGGGCUGGCGCUGCGGGCCACACCGCCGGUGAACCGCGUGCAGUCGGUGGCGGCGUCCGUCACGCGCGACAACAGCCAGUUCAGCGAGGCCAUCAGCAGCCUGGGACUGGGGCUGCAGCGCUGCGCAACCAUCGCGACACCCUCGGGCGCAGCAUCGGUGGCAGGCACGCCGCUGCCGACGCCGGGUGCGUCUAUGGCGGGAGCUGCGCCGCAGCUGCCUCCGCCGCUGUCUGCUGGCAGCAGUGGCCUCUUCACACCGCGUGGCUCGCCGUCAGUGGGCGGCGCCGCGGCCGCCGCCACUGGAACGACGGCACCAGAGGGCGCCGCCGCCACCACCACUGCCGAAGCUGCUGCUGCUGCUGAAUCAGCGGAGAGCCUGGAGGCGGCGGUGGCAGCCAUGCAGCAGGAGGUGGCGCAGCAGCUGCAGCAGCAGCAGGCGGAGAGGCUGGCGGCGCUGGAGCAGCAGCUGCGGGCGGAGGCGGAGGAGGCGUUUGCGCGGGAAGUGGAGCGGCUGCGGGCGCGGGCGGAGGAGCUGGCGGCGGCCCCCCCGGCUGACGUGGCGGCGCUGCGCAAUGAGAUCGCCUCGCUGGAGGCGGCGGCUGCGGAGGCGCUGGCGCUGCAGAAGCAGGCGGAGGAGAUGCGGCUGCUGGCGAGUCAGCGGCAGGAGCUGCAGCGCGGCAUGGAGGAGAGCCUGCGGUCCCAGCUGGCCCUGUUGGAGGCUCAGGCUGCGGAGGCCGAGGCUCUGGAGCGGCAGGUGGCUGAGCGCAGCGAGGUGGUGGCGCGCAAGCACGAGCUGGAGGUGCAGCUCACGGAGCUGGAGGCCACUGCAGCCGAGAUCUAUUUGUUGGACCAGCUGGUUGCGGGGCGCAAGGCCACCGCUGCCAGGCGCCCUGAGCUGGAGGCAGAGCUGGAGCAGCUGCAGGCGGAGGUGGAUGAGGUUGAGGCGUUGCAAGCACGGCUGCAACAACUGCAUGAGGCAGCGAAUGAGCGGCCACAGCUGGAGCUGCGGCUGCAAGAAUUGGCACGACAGCAGGAGGAGCUGGAUGCCCUGAAGGAACAGGUUGCAGCGCUUGAGUCAGUGGAGUCGGUGCGCUCCGCUCUCGAGGCUCGUCUCGCACAGCUGCAGGAGCAGGCCAAGGAGGUGGCCUCCUUGGAGGCGCAGCUGGAGCAGGCGCGGGACAUGGUAUCCCAGCACGCCGAGCUGGUGUCCGAGCUGGGCAAGGUGGCGGGUCCCGCCGCGGAGGCCGCCGAGCUGCACAGCCGCCUGCAGCAGCAGCGCGCGCUGGUGUCGGCGGCUCCGCAGCUGGAGGCGGAGAUGGAGGAGGUGGAGAUGGAGGUGGCGCGGGUCCGCACCCUGGAGGUGAUCGUGAACCAGCUGCGCGCCGAGAUCAGCAAGGGCCCGGGUCUGCAGGCGGAGCUGGCGGGCCUCAACGACACUGCGGGGCGCCUGCAGACGGCGGAGGAGGUGGGGCUGCGCGAGGAGCGCGACCUGGCCCGCACGCGCGUGGCGGAGCUGGAGUCGCUGCUGGGGCAGCUGGAGCACCAGCUGGUGGCGGCGCAGAUGUUCAGGGAGAGCCUGGGGGGUGUGGCGGCGGGCGCGGUGUACGGCAAUGCCAGCAUGGGGGGUGUUGCGGGGUACAGUUUUGGCGGUGCAUGGGCGGCGCGGUUCACCCCGGCGGCGUCCGAGGCGGGAGUUGGAGCUGUGGCAGGGGGUACGGCGGGCGGUGUUGCGCUGCCUAGUGAUGCGGGUACGGAGGCGGAGGUUGAGCAGGUGGCGCUGCAGGGUCGCAUGGCGCGGCGGCAGCAGCUGAUGGACCGCCGGCUGGCGCUGCAGCAGGAGUUCAAUGACCUCAAGGCCAUCGAGGCGGAGGUGUCGAGCCUGCAGUCCGCCAUCCGCGCGCUGGCCCCCCUGGCGGAGCAGCGCGCAGCCCUGCAGGCCGAGUUGGAGGCCAUGCACCUGCAGGCGGCGGGCGCAGCAGCCGCCUCCCUCACCUCGCAGCAGACCCACCUCCUCUCCACCACCUCAUCCACCUCAUCCACCGCUGCUGCGGCCGCCGCAAGCGACGGCCCGCUGGGCCGCGGCGCCCUGGCCGGCACCCUCAGCGGCGGCGUGGGCGGCCGACUGGAUCCGCAGGCGCCGCUGCCCUCAGACGCCUCCGCCGCUGCAGCUGCGGCCUCGGAGGCGGACGCCAUCGCGGCCCUGGCGCAGCAGCGCGGUCUGCUGGCGGCUGAGGUGGAGUCCCUGCGCGCGCAGGUGGCGGAGGUGGCCGUCCUGCGUGAGGAGCGCGACGCGCUGCGGGCCGUGGAGGCUGAGGUUCUGGAGCUGACGGAGGAGAUCCCGCAGCUGGCGCCGUACGUGGAGCUGCUGCCUGCGCUGCGGUCGGAGCAUGCGCGGCUGAGUGAGGCGGUGGCGGAGGCGGAGCGGCUGCGCAGCGGCGUGGAGAACAUGAGCCUGCAGCUGGACGUACUGCGGGCGCUGAGGGAGGCGGCGACACCAGGGAAGGGAGCGGCGGCGGCUGGGGUCCAUGCGGACGGCAGCAUGGGUGAUCAUGAUGAUGAUGAGGAGGAGAUGAAAGAGAAGGAGGAUGAGGAGGAGCAGCAGAGGAGGUUGCUGGAGCGGCAGCACCUGGCUGCUCCUGCGGGGGCGGUUGACAGCGAUGGCGGUGUGGACGAGGAGGAUGUCCUGGCGGGCAGCAACGGCAGCCACCACGCCAGCAACGGCAGCAGCCCCAACCCCAGGAACAAGCCCACCUCCGCCGCCUCCUCAGCUCCCGCCAGUGAGCCGCGCACCCCCGCGGGCAGCAAGGGCAGCAGCAGCACCACCACCGGCACCGCGCCCAGCCCCGGCCCCGCUAGCAGUGCCGCCGCGGGCGAGGUGGAGACCUCGCUGGCUGCGGUGUUCAGCAAGCUGCGGUCGCUGGAGGCGUCCAAGCACGAGCUGGAGGCGGAGAACGGCGGCCUGCGCGCCACCAUUGAGGACCUGCGGCAGCAGCUGGAGAGCAGCGCGGAGGCCAUGCAGAAGCUGCGGGGGGUGGCGGAGGCGCUGAGCAUGCUGCGGAGGGGGCACUGAGGGAGGGGAGCGGGGCGGGGCGGGGCUACUAGGGGUGGGGUUGGGAUGAUGGUGGUGAGUCGGGGUCUGGGUCGAUUCGGGGAUAGCAACAGUGGAGACCAGUCGGGGGAGCAGGCAGGCAGGAAGACGGUGAGUUCGCCUCUUCGCUGCCCUGCAUUGCGUAGCUCAGGCUUGGUUACUGCCCGGGCUGAGCGCUAGGCAGCAUGGGAAGGAGGAGCAUGACGCGGGGGAUGUUGGCACACGUCGCAUAUUGCAUCUGAGUCGGCUCCCUGGUAUGGACGGAAGACCUGCAGUGACUUGCGUCCGACACGUGUGGACUGCUGUUGGUGGUGAUGUUGACGCGGGAUGGUGUGGUGAGGAUGAGGAUGGAGAUGUGAGGGACGCGACAACGACGGUAGUGGUUGACAGCAGGCGUUUAGGACGCGGCACUUGCUGGAAAGCUCGUUGCUGCUUGGAACGGUAAGGUAGGUAGGUAUUGAUGGAGAGUGCAGUUCUAUUCAUGUACCUUGUGCCACAUGUAGGAGGAGGAAGGGGGAGACAAGGAGCUGCUGCUUGAUUUGGGUCGGGUAGGCAGCGGUGGUUCUAAUGCGUUCUUGGUGUGUUGUUGGUGUGGAGGAACACCGUGUAUCGUAAGCUUGAUACUCUUGACAGUUGACACUUUGACUGGUAACUUGGUAGGUCCAUACACUAAUGGGCGCCUAGCUCGCAUAACCCUAGUAUUAAUUAUUAGUCCUGAGUGGCGUUGGGGUUGAUCCUCUCGACGCGUGCUUAUAAUCACGGCUUAGUUAACAACUAACGUUACCCUACCUGACGUUCAGUCACGGGUAUUAGAGGGCACCACGUCCAUCUAACUUGUUAAACUUCUAGACGUUUGUAAUGACCCCACGUCCCAC